AUGAAUUCUAAAUUGACAAAGAAGCAAAGAGAGCAGCUCUGUGACCUGAUAGGGAAUGUGGAUCUGACUCUUCUCUAUAAAGCUUCUGUUCAUGGAUAUGACGCUUUUGCCUUUCAUCAGAGAUGUAACAAUCAGGGUCCAACUUUACUUGUCGCCUACAACAAUGCAGGCUACAUCUUUGGUGGAUACACUAGUGUAGAUUAUACUCAAACUUUCAAUGCAGUUACAGACGAUACGGCUUUCCUGUUCAACAUUAAAGGCGCUGCCCCUCUUGUGAUCAAAGCGAACAGUGGACGUCAUCUACGUUAUGGUGGUAAUAGUGGACCCAGCUUUGGCGAUCAGUUGUAUUUUUGCUACAACAACCAACCACUUGUAUAUAAUCAAGGGGGAAAUGCAUAUCAAGGAAUGGCAUUCACUUUCAGUCCUGCCACACUGUAUGGAAACAACACUAAUCUUAUUGAGUGCGAGGUGUUCAAAGUGGAACAGAAAAAACAUCAGGCCAGUGCCAAGAUUAAGCCCUGGAGGAAUGUUCAGUGGACAGCAAAGCAAAGAGAUGAGCUCAUAAAAAUGAUCAGGAAUUAUAAACCGCUGCCAACAUCUGUGAGUCGGGUCAGAAUCCUGAUGAUCGGACCUGUUGGUGCUGGAAAAUCCAGUUUCUUCAACUCUGUAAACUCCAUCUUCAUGGGUCGCAUAACCAGCAAAGCCAUGUCAGGAUCUGCAGGCACCAGUCUGACCACACAGUUUCGCACUUACCCAGUUAAAGACGGUCGUGAAGGAAAGCCAUUGCCGUUUGUGUUGUGUGACACCAUGGGCCUCGAGGAGCAAUCAGGAGCAGGACUGGACAUUGAGGACAUCAGCAGCAUUCUUCAAGGACACAUACCAGACCGCUAUAAAUUCAACCCCGUCACAUCAUUUCAACCUGAUGAGCAAAAGUCGUCCAGACCUGCGUCUCUCCAGGAGAAGAUUCACUGUGUGGUGUACGUGAUCGACGCCACCAAAAUCUCCCUCAUGUCUGAGAAACUGGAAGAAAAACUGUCUGCCAUACGCAAAAAAGUCAACUCACUGGCCAUUCCUCAGGUGGUUUUGAUGACAAAAGUAGAUGAAGCAUGUCCUGAUGUGCAGGAAGGUCUUCAGAGUGUUUACGUCUCUUCCUACAUCAAGACAAAGGUGCAGGAGGUGAGCUCUCGGUUGGGUGUGCCGGUGUCUUGUGUUUUACCGGUGAAGAACUACAGUCAGGAGCUGGAGCUGGAGCUCAACUGUGAUGUCCUGCUUCUCACUGCUCUACAGCAGAUGCUUAACUUCGCUGAAGACUAUCUGGACGAUGUUGCUCCUAUGUAGAAGAGAUUGUAGACAGGUUGUUACUCUGUUGUGUGUGUUCAUUCUUUCAGAACAGUCUAUACUCAUACAAGAAUAUGAUAGGAAAGACAAAGUUUAUGCUUCACUUUAGCAGCAUGCUAGAUUUUAAUCAUUGCUGCUUAACCUUUAGUUUGAAACAGUGAAUGUGCAGUAUUGUUUAUUUUCAGCAUAUUAUUUUGUUUUUGUGCCACUAUUAAGUCUACAGUAUGAAACUAGAAUUAAGAGAACGUUAUAAAACUUCCUAAGACAUUUUUCAGUAAUAUUUUUGAUUUUGUUCUCUGUAAGUUUCUUUCAGAACUGUAAAAGAGAUAAUACUUUAUA